GCAGGAGAAGGAGCUUCCCGCUCCGCUGGCCGCCCUGCAGGAGUAUUUAAAGGAGAAGGAGCCCAUCCAGGACAGGAGACAGCAGGUCAACACAGACAGGUGUGAGCAGGGUCUGUGCAGGCUAAGUCUAAAAAAGGAAAAAGUGAAUGUGAGAGGGGAAAAAAACCGCGCAUGGACGUUCAAAUCAGUGGGAGGAUGCUUGGAUGUUUAUUGGGAAAAAGAAGACCUCUCCCCCUUAAGGGACAAAACGAGGCCGAUGAACUUGCAUAUAAACGUUUUAAGACGUGCAUCAUUCAGGGAAGCAGUAGAGGAGGUCCAGCUGCGAGUACACCACUGCCCUCUGGGCGGCGCUGUAACCCUCGCAUUGAGUUUGAAACAAUCUGUCAGAGGCUGGAGCUAGAAUCUUCACCCAGAGACCCCAAGCAGGCACAAGAUGUCCCACAGACACGCAUGCAAGAUUUACAGACGUCUGUGUCUUCACCUCAACAACAUUCUAUUACAGUCAGAAGAUCGUCCGACACAGAAACAUAUAAGAAAGUGCAGUGGAUUUGGAGAGCAGCAGUUCAGCCACAUGACAGUUCCCAACAAGCUGAUUCUAAUGAGAGAAAACCAGAUUUGAAGCCCUUUGCCAAUAUGAAUGUACAAGGAAUGGCACAGAGGACUUUAUGGGCACCAUCCCUGCUGAAUGACUACUGUAAGAAGAAAUGUUAUGAACAGGGAGACACCAAUCUUCUUGACUGCAGUUGUGAUGGAAUGAUUGCAUUAGCGCUUGGUUCUACUGUUUAUCUCUGGAACUCAGAAACUCGUGCCCUGGUGGGACACUUCCAGCCGAGUCUAGAACCCGGGUCACCUCGCUGCAGGACUCACACCAUCUCCUGUCUGAGCUGGAGCGGUGAUGGCAGAACUCUCUGCACAGGGAACAGACGAGGGGAGAUACAAUUGUGGGAUGUUGACCACAAGCAGAGCAUGUGGUGUUUUAAGUCACACCUGUCUGUGGUGGGAGCCGUUUCUUGGAAACAGCGAUUACUAAGCAGUGGCUCCACUCUUGGACACAUACAUCACCUAGACCCCCGGGCCCCAUCUCCUGUUUUAGGUGCAGCCUUCCAGGAGGAGGGGAUCUGUAGCCUGGAGUGGUCGCCAGGAAAUGAAUUACUUGCCAGUGGCUCCAAAGAGGGGCUUCUUCAUAUUUGGGAGGGGGACGUAGCAGGGAUCAAAACACCUUGCAAGCCAGUUAUAUCAAUGAAACAGCCGAGCUCUGUAAAGGCAUUAGGAUGGUGUCCAUGGCAGAGAAAAGUAAUAGCUACAGGAGGAGGGUGGAAGGAUGGACAGCUCAGAAUCUGGGACACACAAUCAGGGUCUUGUUUGAAGUCCAUAAACACCAAUUCACAGAUCUGUUGUCUCAGAUGGGCUGAAAAAAGAAGAUAUUUAAUCACAGGUCAUGGACUUCCUCAUAACCUUAUCACCUCUUGGAGUUGGGAAUUUCCCUCCCUAAACCCAAUGCACCAACUGACAGGUCAUUCACAACGAGUUCUGCACUUGGCAAUAAACCCUGACAACACUAACAUCUUCUCAGCUGGAGCAGACCAGAGGUUCUGUCUCUGGGAUCUAUAGUUCCAUCCUUCCAUCCCUUAUCUGACAAGCUUUAUCCCGAGUGGGAUUGCAAGGGGUGCUGGUGCCUAUCUCCAGCUGUCUACGGGUGAGAGGCGGGGUAGACCCUGGACAGGUCGCCAGUGGAUCUAUAGUUAAAGAUGAGAGAAACGGCGAGGUGGUUUCAAGACUGAGAAAGCUGAUAUAGACCACCAGAUAUAUUUUUUUAAUUGAUUGCCUCUGGAAAUUAGAAGGGGAGAAAAUGGAUCAGAUGGUGGGAUAGUAGAUAUUUUUAAGGCAGAAUCUUUUAUUGUCAAAGAAAAUCAGCUGGGAGGAAAGUAUGGGGUAAAUUGGAAAAAAUAAAAGUUUACAAGAGUUUGAUUGGCUGUUUAUUUUGAGGGUGUUAGAACAAAAUGAGGAGGGAGAGGAAAACAUAGUGUAGAUCGGAUUCAUAGAUGCAAUGGGAAAUGAAAACAUGUCAGUAAAUCAUUUUGUUGGCAAUUGUGUUUUUCUCUCUUGACCUCCACAUUUGUAUUGGAAAUGUUGCACAUUGACAGCACAUCUUUCCAAUUUUCGACUUACAUAUUUCGACCCAAAAACAAUGUCAC